GCCGAGCCUCUCGCGCCCUCGAACAGACCAGCACAAGUGCAGAUAGACAGGUUCAGAAGGCCAUGGCCAAGCGCAUUCGAGUGACCAAGCAGGACGCGGCCGUGCCGGCACCCGCAGGCCUCGCAGACGCAGCCAAGACACCCGCAGCACCGCCCAGCGCAGCGACCAAGGGCAAGGCGGCCACUCCCACCAACGCCGAGGGGAAGCACGUGAUGCUGCCCGCGUUCCUGUCCAAGACGUACGAGAUCUUCAGCAUGCCCGAGUUCUCGCACGUGUGCGGCUGGAACGCCAACGGAGAUACCAUCAUCGUGUCGCAGCUCGAGGCCUUCGUAGCCCUGGUGCUGCCGCGUUUCUUCAAGCACCGCAACUUCCCGUCGUUCGUGCGCCAGCUCAACCUCUACGGCUUCCACAAGACGGUGCUGGACUCGAAGCGCCUCGAGUUCCAGCACCCGUACUUCAAGCGCGGCCGGCCCGACCUGCUGCACCACAUCAAGCGCAAGGUUUCCAGCAGCAACCACCACAACCAGCAGCUCGUCAGCUCGUCGCUUCAGAACUCACGCCUUGAUGCGCACCGGGAGAUCUCCGAUACGCUGCUGCGUGAGAUGAAGGAGCUGCGCCAGCGCAGCGACGCCAUGGAGAAGCGGCUGCGUGAGUUGGAGAUCGACAAUGCGAUUGUGCGGAGUGACAACCUCAAGCUGUGGAAGCACCUCGAGUCGGCGAAGGACAAGCAGCUGAUCAUGCAGGAGAAAAUGAAGAAGAUCAUGUGGAUCCUGUUCCAGAUCUACCGGGGAAAGCAGCAGAACCUCCCCAAACUCUCCAGCAACGACGCAACUGGCGCGGUGAUCAGCGAAGACUACAUCAACAGCAGUAUGCUUGGUCCAAAGGAAUUCCGAGAUGUACUGCGGUUUUUAGCGAUGGACGAGCCGGCGCUCCUGCCUGGAGCCGCUGCCAAUGUAGCAGCUGCAGCGACGGGUUCACGAAAGCGAAAGUUUGUGGAAGUUCCGGCUGAUAUCACCUCAGGUGCCCCUUACAAGCUUGAUGUAGAGCCGUCUUCUGUUGUCGAAGUGCCUAGUGCUGUGGAGGAGCCCAACCCGUUCGCAAUGACGGUGCCGUCCAACCCGCUUCCUGUUAUGCACCAGGAUGCUGCUGCACAAAACAACAUUCUGAGCAUUUUUUCGCCGAUGAAGAACGGUGUGAGCAGCAACGUGGACCCAACGGUUGGCGGAUUUCUUACAAAUGGCGUGGAGACAAUGCCGAGCGUGCCCGCAGCUGCACCUGCACCUGCACCGAAAGUAUCGACCCCAACUGCAUCAGCCCCAGCCGUUUCGACACCAACGGUGACUACACCAAGUGCUGUAAACACACCGAGUGAAAGCGCCGCUACGUCACAUGGUACCACAGCUGAGUCGACUGUCGACGCCAACAGCAACAACCAACUGGCAUUUUUGGACGAAGAACUCCCAUUGCUGCCCGACUCGGACCACUACAACUUCACUGACGGCGAGCAGCAGGCAGUAAUGAAGAAGCUUGAAGAUUUUGAGACGUCGCUACUCGACGAGUACGAUGUUAGCUGCCUCGACACACUGCUGCAGCAACUGAAAAACUCGAACGGAGACAAGCCGGCGGGUGCUUCCGUCGCAGACCUGGAGGAGGUCGUGGUGGGACCGACCAAUGCGUCUACACGUGACGCGUAA